CAUGUUUGCAUUUAUUUGUUUUGAAUAUUUUGAAAUAGUUCAAAAAUCUUUGGUUCAAGGAUAAAAAGUUAACUCAUUUUUAUCUUUAAUUUGCAUUAAUAAUGUAAAAAACAACACAUUAAUUUUAUUGUUCAAAAGGUAAUACAGUAUUUGCCAUUAAUAAAAAUGUUAAAAAAAGCACUGUUGAAGAUUCUAAAAACCAAAAAUUUUACAAGAUUUUAUUCGCAAAAAUCUUCUCAUAGUGAGCUAUUUUUUAAUUAUUUAGAAGGAAAUCAUGAAGGAAUAGCUAUUUUAGGUUUAAAUAGGCCAGAACAAAGAAAUGCGUUUAGUGUUAAUUUAGUUGAUUCUUUAAGCAAAACUAUAGAUAAAUUAAGAUACGAUGGUACUGCUAGGGUGAUUAUACUAAGGAGUAUGGUUCCUAAAGUAUUUUGUGCAGGGGCAGAUUUGAAAGAAAGAGCUGUGAUGACCCCUAAGGAAGUUUCUAGUUUUGUUACAAAUUUAAGAGGAGUUAUGUCAAAAUUACAGAACAUUCCUGUUCCAGUUCUAGCUGCUAUUGAUGGCGUUGCAGUUGGUGGCGGAUUAGAAAUAUGCUUGGCCUGUGAUAUAAGAGUAGCCUCAACGGAUUCCAAAAUGGGACUGGUCGAGACCAAACUUGCUAUAAUUCCUGGUGCAGGGGGUACCCAAAGAUUACCGAGAAUUAUCAAUCCUUCUAUAGCCAAAGAACUGAUCUAUACAGCUAAAGUAAUAGAUGGAAUUAGAGCUCAUGAUAUAGGUUUGGUAAAUUAUGUUGUCGAGCAAGAACCAAAAGGUGAUGCAGCUUACCAAAAAUGUCUUGAAAUAGCUGAGGAAAUUCUACCUAACGGACCUUUGGCAGUGCAAGUUGCUAAACAAGCUAUAAACAAGGGAAUUGAAGUAGAUUUAAAUACAGGCCUGGCCAUCGAGGAAGCUUGCUAUGCUCAAAUAAUUCCAACACAGGAUCGUAUAGAAGCCCUAAGUGCCUUUAGAGAAAAAAGGAAACCAAAAUUUAAGGGAUUGUGAUAUAUUUUUUAUACUUAUUGAUAUAAAAUUUUAAAAAUAUAUUUUUAAUACUUUGUAUAAGUUAUAAAUUAAAUAAUGCCUCUAAUUGUCUUUGGGUAUCUUGGGGAUUUAACACUUUGUGUCCGAUUGUGCGAGAAUCAUUAAAUAUCUCAUAAUCGUUUCCUCCUUUAUAAACUUUAUC